CAUGGCAGAGUCGAGCCAGACGCUGGUAAACAUGGACCCGACGGUCAAAUGACGUCUUUGCAACAAGCUCUUGGUGUCAAAUUCAAGGACAUUACCAUUCUUAGGCAAGCACUGCUGCAUCCCUCAAUCACAGCGAGCCGUUUGGAGAGCAACCAGCGUCUGGAAUUUUUGGGCGACGCAGUGUUAGGAUGUGUAGUGGCAGAGAAGCUUUACGAGGAACGCAAGGGUUUGAACGAAGGAGAACUAACAUUAGCGCGUCAAAACUUAGUUUCAACUGCUGCACUUGCGGAGAUAGCACUGGAGCAGGGUUAUGAUAAGCUCCUUUUCAUGAGUUUCCAGGAAGAAGGUUACGGGGGAAGGGGCAAUGUCAAGAUUCUUGCAGAUACGGUCGAGGCAGUCAUCGGAGCAGUUUUUGUAGACCAGGGUUAUCAAUGCGCACAAAUGGUCAUCGAGAGGCUAUAUAAAACCAAAUUUGCAAAGAUGGAAACGUCUACAAUUCUUACCAUGGAUCCGAUAUCUUCCGUCAUGAACUUCUCGAAGCAGCUAGGACUUGAACCAUGUUACAAAGUCGUCAAAGAAGGCGUCGAACAUGCACCAAAGUUCACGGUUCAUCUGUCCUUAAAUGGCCACCCUCUUGGCUGGGGGACUGGCCGGAGCUCCAAGGAUGCAAAAUAUGCGGCGUCACAGUAUGCUCUUAAGCUGCUGGAGUCGAAGACAAAGCAGGAAAUCGAAGCCAUCAAGAAGCCGAGAAACUGACCUUCUCUCCCGUCCCGACCAACGUAUAUUCUUUCAAUUUU